AUGCGAAAAGAUAUUUCGAGCGAUAGUAUUUGUUCUUCAUCAAAACCAUCUACGUCACAAAAAAUGGCAGUACAACUUCAGAGUUGCGAUCAAAGCCCAUUGGGUAAAUUGGUGGAGCAAUACAAUCGACUGACAUCAGAAGGACGUGUGUGUGAUGAUAAAUCAACAACUAGCAGUAACAGUGCGUCGAGCACAAUAACGACUAAAAAAGAGAUCAGAUCGAGUGAAUACGUGGUGAACAGUGCUGCGACACUGAUGGAUGCUGCUGCAAUGCCGUAUGCAACACCAACCACUUACCCCACUUAUCCGUGGACUACAGCCACCACUCCAUGGUGGACUGAACCAACCUCCACUUGGCCACUCACAUACGCCACACCUAACGUUGCGUCGGCUGGAACUACAGCUGGAGCUGAUGCUUCAGUCAUGGCAGCAGCAGCCGCAUACAAUCCCUAUCUAGGACCGCAAUUCCAGGGUCUGUUAACGGCAGCGAGUGUAUCGUCGGGUCAGUCUGCUUGUGCAGCAGUCGCAGCUGCAGCAUCACCAGUCAGUUCAACAACCAGUAGUGUUGUCGUCUGCAAACCCUCGACAGUCACCUCUUCUGUCACUGCAGCAUUAUCCAGUGUUCUUCCAAAUGUAACAACGUCCACGAACGGUACGGUUCCGAGUGCUGGUGGUGGUAAAUUCCCAACGACACGUUCAAACUGCGAGUGUCCAAAUUGCCAGGAGAUCGAACGCGUUGGUGUAGCGAAUGUAGCAGCUAAGAAGCGAGGUAUACACAACUGUCAUGUACCUGGAUGCGGCAAGCUGUACAGUAAGAGCUCACAUCUUAAGGCACAUCUUCGAUGGCACUCUGGCGAAAGACCAUUUAAACGAAGGGCCACAGAGACGGCUACAACAUCGCAGUCUGGUGAAAAUACAUCGUGA